ACCGUAGAAACAAUCGCAGUGUGUCCGGAUCCACUCACGUCCCUUCCCAGCCACAAUUCUUCUUGUUCGGUAUCAUAGAUUAGCAACUUGGCUCGCUCGGGAGUGAGAAGCUUGUAGUCACUUUUGAGGCUCAAUGCCAAGCCUGUCCUCCCGUGUUGCCCUCAUCUAGAAAACCUCCUGAAAACGUCAACGUCGCCUGAAAGUUACCGCCAAACUAAAAUCAACCAGCAACAACAAAACAGCAUUCACGAUGGCCACGGUUCAGGCCCAGACGAUCCUUCGGGAUCCGCAACUAUUCUACUGGAUUUUAUUCCCGAUUACGGCUGUCAUGAUUCUAACGGGCGUAUUACGACACUACGUCACGGUGCUAAUGCAGUCGGAUCCUAAGAAGCAGGAGCUUAACGCUAUUUCUGAACAGUAAUUUUUCUCUGCCCUAUGUUUGGCGUAUGUUCCUGACGGUGGGGAUCAUAGGCGUAAUCUACUUCGGGGGGUAAACCUUCGAACAAAUCACAACCAGAUCCCGCUCUCGUCAUUCAUUGCGAGGAAAAAUUACCUUGUUGCGGCAUACAAUCGCGGGGACUUCCUGAAGGACCCGGAGAGUAAGGGGAAACCACCGGCGAAUCCGAUGACGGACCCGGCAGGGAUGGACCAGAUGAUGAAUAUGCUUAAGGGAAACAUGGCGAUGAUGGUGCCGCAGACCUUGAUUAUGGGAUGGAUUAAUGCUUUCUUCUCAGGAUUCGUAAUAAGUGCUCACUCACCCACCCUCACUCCGUUCCUCGUAAACCUCUUUUGCUGACCUAUACAUCUCUUAGUGAAACUUCCCUUUCCCCUAACUCUCCGCUUCAAAUCCAUGCUCCAAUCUGGCGUUGCUACUCGAGAUCUCGACGUCCGAUGGGUUUCCUCCCUAUCGUGGUACUUCCUUAACCUCUUUGGUCUCCGCAGCAUCUUCACCUUCAUUCUCGGGAACGACAACUCGGCGGACCAAAUGGCGCAGCAGAUGCAGCAGAUGAAUCCUGCCGGCGGAAAUGCCAUGUUUGCACCUGGGCAGGACCCUAAUAAGAUGUUUUUGGCCGAGGCGGAAAAUCUGGAGGUUGUUGGUGGACAACAUGAGUGGGUUCUUGAUGGGGUUGUUGAUAGAUUACUUAAGAGUAGAGUUUAGAUGGUCCUGGGGGAGGGAGGGUAUUGGAAACGGUAAUGGGGUUUAGAUAUCAUCAAUUCAUGUGUACUCUUUCAGUGUUUUAAUUUUGGAGAACGGGGUUACGAGGCUAGGGUUUAGAUUUAUUGCUAUCCUGCGGUGUCGAUACUACGCCUGGGAUUCAUUGUUUAUUCUCCAAACCUGCCCGGGCUGAACACUGGAUCAACUCUCAUGCCCC